AUGACAACAAUCAUGGACCGAAGACAGCUUGUUCUCCUGCUCUCAACUUUGGCUGCCUUGCAAGUCUGUGUGACUGCAUCAGCUUGCAAUAUUCCUUCCAGAUUUUGGUGCGAUUCGAAAGAAAUUGCCUUAGAAUGUGGCGUCUAUGACCAGUGCAAGAAGAAUGAGUGGACCCUUAACCAGGAUGCUGCCCCUGUCAACUUUGCGUUGUACUAUGAGAGCCUCUGCCCGUACUGCAAGAACUUCAUUACAACCAUGUUGUAUCCCACCUACCUGAAGCUUUCAUCUAUUACAAAUCUGACUCUAAUACCUUAUGGAAAUGCAGAUGAAACACUGGUCAACAACCGCUGGCAAUUUACCUGUCAGCAUGGAGCUCAGGAAUGCGUUGGCAACAUUAUCGCAACUUGCACUAUUGCAAUAGUGAAAAACAUUGAUGUUUACUUUCCAUUCCUCAACUGUUUGGAGGCCUCCAACCUACAGCCCACUCCUGCAGCACAGCAGUGUGCUACCCAGUUUAAUGUGCCUUUGAAUGAGAUUUUAAAUUGCACCACUUCCGACUAUGGCAACCAGCUGGAACAUCAAAUGGCCCUCAGAACUGAUGCCCUAGUUCCAACUCACACCUAUGUUCCUUGGGUCACACUCAACGGGGUUCACUCAGAAGCUAUUCAAAGUGAAGCACAAUCAAAUCUCCCAAAGCUGCUUUGUGAUGCAUAUAAGGGUGUCAAACCCGCAGCAUGCAGUUCUCUAUAA